GCGGCAGCUUCGGGGCGACCCCACCGCGCCCUGCAGCAGCCCCGUGUCCCCGCUCGGCCACCCAUAAAAGCUCCGCGUCCCCCCCGCCGUCCCCGGGCACCAUGUGGCGGUGGUGGCACUGCUGGGCCCUGCUGCUCCUGCCCGCCCCGACCCUUGCCACCGGCCCCGUCCUCGCCGGCCGCCCCUUUGUCACCGUGUGGAACGUGCCCAGCGAGCCGUGCGCCCAGCGGCACAACGUCACGCUGCCCCUCGGGGUCUUUGACGUGCUGGCCAACGCGCAGCAGGCCUUCACGGGGCGGGACGUCACCCUCUUCUACAGCCAGCGCCUGGGGCUCUACCCGCACUACUCCGCGCAGGGGGUGCCGCUGGACGGGGGGCUGCCGCAGAACGCCAGCCUGAGCGCCCACCUCCGCCAGGCCGCCCGCGACGUGCGGGACGCGCUGCCCGACGCCGCCUACGGCGGGCUGGCCGUCAUCGACUGGGAGAGCUGGCGCCCGCUCUGGGCCCGCGACUGGGGCUCCAUGGACGUCUACCGCAAGAAGUCGGAGGAGCUGGUGUGGCAGCAGCACCCCGAGUGGCCCCCCGGCCUGGUGGAGAAGGCGGCACAGCAGCAGUACGAGAAGGGCGCCCGCGACUUCAUGGAGCAGACGCUGCAGCUGGGCGAGCGCCUGCGGCCCGGCGGCUACUGGGGCUUCUACGGCUUCCCCGACUGCUACAACAACGAGUUUGGCAGCCCGCACUACAACGGCACCUGCCCGGCGGUGGAGCGCCAGCGCAACCAGGAGCUGGGGUGGCUCUGGAACAGCAGCCGGGCGCUCUACCCCAGCAUCUACGUGCCCCCCCAGCUCAAGGGCACCGGCAAGGUGCUCAGCUACGUCCGCUACCGCGUGGCCGAGGCCUUCGCCGUCCAGAACGGCGUCCUCGCCACCGCCAUCCCCGUCCUGCCCUACGCCCAGAUCGCCUUCGACAACACCGUUGACUUCCUCUCCGAGGAGGACCUGGUGAACACCAUCGGGGAGAGCGCGGCUCAGGGCGCUGCGGGCAUCGUGCUCUGGGGGAGCUACAACUACAGCACCUCCAAGGAGAUGUGCCUGAAGCUGAAGGACUACGUGGAUGGGACCCUGGGGCACUACAUCGUCAACGUGACGACCAGCGCCCAGCUGUGCAGCCAGAGCCUGUGCUCCGGCCACGGCCGCUGCGUGCGCAGGGGGGACAAGGAGAGCUUCCUGUACCUCGACCCCGUCCGCUUCGCCAUCGAGCUGACAGCCGCCAAGCCCCAGCCCGUGGUGCACAGCCUGGCUGCUGGCGUGGAUGUGUCCCAGCUGGCCGAAGGCUUCGGCUGCCAGUGCUACAGUGGCUGGCAGGGAGAGCGCUGCGACACCCCGCAUGCCUCCGACUGAGCCGUGCCCAGGUCCUGUCCCCACCCCCGUGCUGGGGACACAUGAGGUGGGGAGGGUGGCACUGCCUCGCACCCAGCUGGGAAGGAGGGGAAGCAAAGCCCAGGCUGAAAAUAAAACCGCUCUGCACAACUCA